AUGGGCGGCCUACUCUUACUUGUUGGCCUAUGCAUUGUCAUGGCAGUGGCUUCAUUUCUCGCCGGAGCCUUGCCAUUAUCCAUGACACUUUCACAAUCACAACUUCGAUUGAUAUCAAGCAUUGGAGUUGGAGUGCUGGUUGGCACAUCUCUUAUAGUCAUCAUACCCGAGGGCGUUGAAACUGCUGUAACGCCCGCAGAAGCCUCGCACCUUCACAAAGCGCGAAGUUUAGUGCGCAGGUCCCCGUGGACCCUCGGCGUUGAGCCACGCGACAUCAUCGAGGCUUUUCCCGUUGUACGAACGACAGUCGCCCGAGACACGAUCCACGACGACUUGGCCAGCAUUUCACCGCGAAUUGAGGUUACGGAGAAUUACAGACCUACAAAAAGACAAGGCGAUGAAGAUAUACCAGAGGGAUUACCUGAGCCUAUCCCAGAACACGAUGAGCACGAGGAACACGAAGAUGAUGGGGCCGGCGCAGAGCAGCCGCACGCUCACGACGUACCAACGCUGGAAAUUGGCUUCUCGAUGAUUUCCGGUUUCAUUCUCAUGUUUCUCAUCGACAGACUUCCUAGGCACGCCACCGAGAGCCUACGGUCUACGCCGGAAACUCACCAUAUGAGUCUGGACGACCUUGGAGGAGGCGACACGGCAUCCAUCGACGAAGAAGCAGACGGCUUCCUGAACUCCCUGACGCCAAGUCCGCGAAGAGCUCGCAGUUUGGCGACAACCACCGGACUGGUGAUUCACGCUGCAGCCGACGGCAUUGCCAUGGGAGCAUCCGCAACUUCAUCCAACCUGAGGCUGGGCUUUGUCAUUUUCAUUGCCAUCAUGAUCCACAAGGCCCCCGCAGCGUUUGGCCUAACGUCAGUAUUGCUGAAGCAGGGCUUGUCAAAGCGAGCAGCUAGAGGUCAUUUGGUCAUCUUUAGUCUGGCUGCUCCUGUAGGCGCUUUGACGACAUGGCUUAUGAUUACACUGCUUGGUGGCGACCAUUUGAAGGGAUAUUCAGGGCAGUGGUGGACCGGCAUGUUACUGCUGUUCUCAGGAGGAACAUUUCUGUAUGUCGCCAUGCACGCCAUGCAAGAAGAUGGCGGCGUCCAUAGCCACGACCACAGCUCUGGGAUGAACGGCUACUCGGAUGGAAGCCCGGCACACCAGCGAAAGUCCAAGGGUCCUCAGAUGCGAGACACAAUAGCUACUGUCAUAGGCAUGUUGGUUCCUCUCCUUGCUCAGAUGGGCCAUUAG